AUGGAUCUCAGUUUAGAUACGGUGGUUGUGACUGGAUUUGGACCCUUUCGACAGUAUCUUGUCAACUCUAGCUGGGCAGCAGUGAAGGAACUGUCCAAACUCAGCCUUGGUAGUGAAGUAGACCUACACAUUGCAGAAUUACCAGCAGCUUACCAAAAAGCCAAAGACCUGGUCUGUGAAAUAUGGGCAACACGUCAGCCCCACCUUGUGGUUCACGUCGGCCUGGCUCCGGCUUCCAAAGCCACCCUUGUUCUGGAGCAGUGCGGGAAGAACAGAGGCUACAAAGAAAGAGACCUUUGUGGGUUUCUCCCAGAAGACGGCUGUUGCGUCUCAGAAGGCCCAGAAAGAAUAGAGUCAAAAAUUAAUAUGAAAAGAAUAUGGAGAAACCUCCUGGCAGAAGGGUUGGAUGCUGUUUUUUCCAGAGAUGCAGGAAGGUAUGUCUGUGAUUAUACCUAUUACACUUCUCUUUACUAUGGUAACGGAAAAGCGGCAUUUAUCCACGUGCCUCCACUAUCCAAGUGGGUAACAGCAGAAUUUCUAGGAAGAGCACUGCAGACGGUUAUCUUACAAAUGUUGAAGCAAUGUAAGCAGAAAAGCAGAGAACAGUCCAAAGAAGAACCAUCUGAAGAUGAACAAGAAAACCCCUGGAAGAAAUGA